AUUUAAUACUAUCAUUAGUAUAAUUUAAGCAAGACAAAGCAAAGUAUAAAAAGAUGUCUAGAUUGAUUGUUAAGGGUCUUCCCAAGUACUUUACUGAAGAUAAGCUUAAGGAACACUUUUCCAAACAAGGAAAUGUCACCGAUGUCAAGUUGAUGAAAAAGAGAAAUGGAGAAUCAAGAAGAUUUGCAUUCAUUGGUUAUAAAUCUAUGGCAGAUGCUGAAGAUGCUGUCAGAUACUUUAAUAACUCAUUCAUAGAUACGGCAAGAAUUGAUGUACAACUUGCAAAAACAUUUUCUGAUCCAACAGUUCCAUUAUCUUUCAAAGAGAAGAGAAGAUUGGAUGAAGAAAGAUUAAGAGAAAAAGAAGAAAGAUUAAUACAACAAGAAGAAGAACGUAAAAUAAAAAAGACUAAAACUAGAUCAACAAUAGAUGAAGAAAUUCAAAAUAAUGAGAAAUUGAAAGAAUUUAUGGAAGUAAUGAAACCUUCAAGUCAAGUUAAAUCCUGGGCAAAUGACUCCAUUGCUGAUGGUUCAGGGGCUCCAUCGGCUAAGGCUUUGGAGGAUGCAUUAGCAUCACAAGAUGUAGACGUCAUAAGGAAUACUUCUCAUGUUAUGCCAGCCAAAGAGGCAGAAAGUGAUGACGAAUAUGAAGCAUUUGGUCAAAACGAAAUUAGUGACGAAAAUGACGAUGAACCUAUGAUGAACCUAAAUGACAUAGGUUCCAAUGAAGAAGAAUCUGAAGAUUUAAAAGAGCAAGAAAACACUGCUGCUGAUUCAAAUAUAUCUGAUCUUGAUUGGUUGAAGUCGAGACGUAUACGUAUGAAGGAAAAUGAAGAAGAAUCAAUUCAAGAAGAGUCAAAAAAGGAUGAAUCUGAAAAGUCUGUAUCUAAGAAGAAGAAAGUAGUUGAGGCACCAAUAGUAGAAGAAAAUCCAGAAGAAGCCAUUAUAAAUAAAAUUUCAGAAACUGGACGUCUUUUCAUUAGAAAUAUUUCUUACGAAGCCACUGAGGGCGAUUUCCGUUCAUUAUUUGAAAAAUAUGGUGAUCUUGAAGAAGUUCAUAUCGCUGUUGAUACUCGUACUGGGAAAUCAAAAGGUUUUGUUUAUGUUCAAUUUUCUAAGAGUGAUGAUGCUGUAGCAGCAUAUAAUGCAUUAGAUAAAGAUAUUUUCCAAGGACGUUUAUUACAUAUUUUACCUGGUGAAAGUAAGAAAGAUCAUAGAUUAGAUGAAUUUCAAUUAAAGAAUUUACCAUUGAAAAAACAACGAGAAUUAAAGAGAAAAGAUCAAGCCACUAAAAGUCAAUUUAGUUGGAAUUCUUUGUAUAUGAAUAAUGAUGCUGUUUUAGAAUCUGUUGCUUCAUCCUUAGGUGUAACUAAGUCUCAAUUAAUUGAUCCACAAAAUUCUAGUUCUGCAGUAAAGCAAGCAUUAGCAGAAGCUCAUGUUAUUGGUAAUGUUAGGAAAUAUUUUGAAGAUAGAGGUGUUGAUUUAACUACUUUUGAAAGAAAAGAAAGGGAUGAUAAGAUUAUUUUAGUGAAGAAUUUCCCCUUUGGUACAACAAUAGAAGAAAUUGGAGAGAUGUUUUCUCAAUAUGGACAAUUAAAAAGAAUGUUAAUGCCUCCUGCUGGUACUAUUGCUGUAGUUGAAUUUCGUGAUGCUCCUAGUGCAAGAUCGGCAUUUGCAAAAUUGGCGUAUAGAAGAUUCAAGAAAAGUAUCUUAUACUUAGAAAAGGGUCCAAAGGACUUAUUUAUUCGUGAACCUACAGCAAAUGAAAUUGUUAACCCAUCUUCAGUAGAAGAAAAAGCCAUAGAGGCUAAGGUAACUGCUACUGAUGUUAUGGAAACUGUUACUACACAAGAAGCUGAUGAUAAUGAAGAUAUUAUUGAAGGUCCAACAGUUUCAAUAUUUGUUAAGAAUUUGAAUUUCUCAACUACUUCUGAACAAUUAAGUGAUACAUUUAAAGCUUUACCAGGAUUUGUUGUUGGUACAGUUAAAGUUAAACCAGAUCCAAAGAAAUCAGGAGGUGUUUUAAGUAUGGGAUUUGGAUUUGUUGAAUUUAAAACUAAAGAACAAGCCAAUGUUGCUAUAUCUACAUUGGAUGGUCAUACUUUAGAUGGACAUAAGAUUCAAUUAAAAUUAUCUCAUAGACAAGGUACUGGAUCUAAUAAUUCUGCAUCAAAAAUUGAAAAAUCUAAAAAAUCUACAAAGAUUAUUAUUAAGAAUUUACCAUUUGAAGCUACUAGAAAGGAUAUAUUAGAAUUAUUUGGUGCAUUUGGUCAAUUAAAAUCAGUCAGAGUUCCAAAGAAAUUCGACAAAUCUGCUAGAGGUUUUGCGUUUGUUGAAUUUAAUUUAUUAAAAGAAGCAGAAAAUGCUAUUGAUCAAUUAUCUGGUGUUCAUUUACUUGGUAGAAGAUUAGUUAUGCAAUUUGCUGAACAAGAAUCUGAAGAUGCUGAAGCAGAAAUAGAAAAAAUGACUAAGAAAGUUAGAAAACAAAUGGCUACAAGAGAAAUUGCCGCUGCAAGAUUGACUGGAAAGGGUAAAAUAGACUUAGAAGAUAAAGAUGGUGAAGACUUUGAAUCUUUAACUAGUUAGUACAGUAUUAGUUUUAUAUAGAGAGAGAGACAUUUUUUUUGUCGCAAAAAUACGGAGUAGAUGGACUUGAUUAAUUUUUUGUAGCGGACCAGUCAAUUUUUCAUCUCUCUAAC